AUGGAAGUCGACGGCGACGAUAAUCCGGCAUCCGCGCUGGCGAGUGAUUCGGCGCCCCUCGAUACCACCAGGAUCUUUGGCGAUCUGAUCCGCACGGUCCGCCAGGGCCGCCAGUUGCACGAGAUGCGGCAACAGCCCGAAUCGAGCCGGGACGAGGAGCGCAUCAAUAAGCUCGCAGAUGACUUUCAAAAGUUGCUCGACGGCGUACUGGUUCAGCUGGGCCAAUACCUGUAUCAAAGGUGUUGGAUCACGUUCUCGACGACACUGGUUCAGCAGCAGACCUCGCCGGUGGCUGGAAAGUACCCGCCCGAGAUUGUCGAGUGUGUCGAUCGACUCUACAGGCUUAUCGUCGCCGCCGGAGCCUCGCCUGCUCCGAUGAUCCCAGUCCAGCUCCACCCCAAGCAUGAUCUCGAUGAGAUGGCCGGCCUGAUUCGCCAGCAUCAACACAAAUGCUCACCCGAGCCGUUCACGAAGCAGAUACUGACUCCUCUGCAAGUACAGCGCAACAAUCUGCUUCAGAGGGUUCUGAGAGCGACGCAAACCCUUCGGGCGCAAAACGACGCAGCCGAAGCCGCCGUUGAAUCCCUCGACAAGGAGCUUCAGGCUGCCCUGAGGCGCAAACGAGCCAUCGACGCAAAGGCGGCCCAAGCGUCAACCCGCCCGACUUCGUUACAGGAGCAGUGGGAUUCUGUCAAAUCCGGUGUGCAUCGUCAAACCACGCAGAUCAGGAGAGAAUGCAGCGAUGCCAUCGCGCUCUGGUCCAAGCCGCCCAACACCGCCAACGACAACGACGACCUUAUCCUCCUGGACGAAUGCGGGCAGAUCCAAGACGGCAUCGACCGUGCCCAAAUGAUUGUCAUGAGCAACGAUUCAGAGACCGGAGCAACCUACCCGGGCCUCCCCGGCCUGCUCUGGACUCAUGAAGGGCCAAAGGGCGACCCAGCCAGCUACGACAACAAGCUGCGGUGGCUGAUGCUCUAUGGGCUCCUCCGGCUGCUGAUCCGAGACCAGUUUCUGUUCAAGCCGUCCGAUCCGAAUAUCCCGCCGCUGGGUCCAUCAGAGGAGCUCCAACGGAGCCUUGUCCAUAUCAUCAAUUCGCUGAUCAUCGACGCGCUGAAACUGGAUGACUUUGCUUCGAUGGUAGAGUAG